AGCGCACGCAGCGUGCGUCCGGGAUGAGAGUGGCGCUGAGGCUUAGCGUCACGUUGGAGCGCGACAGCGGCGUUCUAUAGCAUUCGCGCGUGAGAGUUCGUUCAGCGUGCGACUUGGUUUUGUGGUGCUCGGCCCGGCGACACCGGACAACGCUCGUGCCGUCACCCGUGUGGAUUAUUAUCACUGUCAUCAUUCGUCUUGCGCUGUGGUGCGGAUACAAGUUGCCCAACGGGAAUGAACAUCUUGAGCAGCGCCAGCAGCAACACAGUGACAUCCGCGUUCAAUGUGAGUGAACAGGAAGCGUCCGAGGAUGCCAACCAGAGCGUCCCCGAGAGAGACAUUGUGUUCCGCUUCGUCGCCCAAGAAGACCUCUUCAACACCACCUCGGAUAUCGCCACCCUGCAGUGUCUCUUCACCGGGCAGCCUGCAGGCAACGAUACCCUGGGUGACAAUGUGACCUGCGAACCUACAUAUGAUGGUAUAUCGUGCUGGCCACGUACCAAAGCAGGCUACACCGCUCUCCUCCCCUGCUUCUCCCGUUUCAACGGACUAGAGUAUGACACCAGCCAAAAUGCCUCCAAGUUCUGCAUGGCAAACGGGACAUGGGCUGAGUACUCGAACUACAGCAGUUGCAGUCCGGUCAUCGAAGUGGAGUCCGAGGUCGAUAUCGGGACAACGCUGUACUAUAUUGGGUACAGUCUCUCUCUCAUCGCACUCACCAUAGCGCUGUGGAUAUUCCUUUACUACAAAGAGCUUCGGUGUCUGCGCAACACCAUCCACGUGAACCUGAUGGUGACCUACUUCCUCAUCUCCAUCACCUGGAUCACCACGGCCACGCUGCAGUCGGUGCCUUCGCCUGCCUAUCAUAAGGCUGCCUGCUUCUUGUAUAUUCUCCUCACAUACCUGGUGGGCACUAACUUCUUCUGGAUGUUCGUCGAGGGACUUUACCUCUACAUUCUCGUCGUGAAGACAUUCUCCGUCGAAGUCGUGCGGGUGCAUAUCUACGCCCUCAUUGGCUGGGGCACUCCCGCCGUCGUGGUCACUGUAUGGGCCCUAACCAAAGGAUACUUGAGCCACAGUACCAGCGAACCAAACGUAUCCCGUGCAAUGUGCGUCUGGCAAGUGAAAGAUGUGUACGAUUGUAUCUUCAUCGUUCCCGUGGUGUUAGUGCUUUUGACCAAUAUAUUUUUUCUGGGCCAAAUCAUGUGGGUGCUGAUCACCAAGCUUCGUGCAGCCACCUCGGUAGAGUCUCAACAGUACAGAAAGCCUCCUCGCAUUUCCUCGACUCCUCUUCCCGCGUCCGAGCCUUUGUUUAACCAAAACACACGAAAAGCUGCAAAAGCGCUGCUGGUGCUCAUCCCCCUCUUGGGAGUGACAUACGUCCUGGUAAUAUGGACUCCGUCACACAAGACAGCCAAGGUUAUAUUCACCUACCUGCAGAUCACCUUGUUGUCUACGCAGGGUUUCACCGUGGCAGUACUGUAUUGCUUCCUCAACGGAGAGGUGCGCAACUCAGUUCGUCACCACUUGGAGCGCUGGAAGACAACCCGUGCCCUCCGACAGGGCGAGCACACCAGACACUCCUUCGGGUACCGCUUCGGUUCGCAGAAGACAUCUGCGUUACAGCGUGGCAGUUGUGUCAGUUUUACCACCACCACAACGUCUUGCAUCAACAACAGUAGGUUUCCUUCGCAGGGGCCCCGUCACAGCAAUGGAUCCUACGCACAUCUCACGUUUCGAGACGACACCGUGUGAAGAAGUGGUUGGCGACGGUAGCAAGGAAGCUACGCACGCUGUGUGACUUGUAGAUAUCGAAGUCGUGGACCAUAGUUUCUUCGGUGAACGCAGUCAAGGAUGGGUGCGGAGGCGAACGGUACAGGCAUGGUGUUUUCGCUACCCCGUAAGAGGGGGGGUCCAUGGUCCAUUGGAAAGGGACGUCAAUGUCGCAUGGGCAGUCAUGAGAACGGCAACGACAAAUAAGUGAUGACGAUGUAAUGGGUGGGAUGUUUCGUCGCUGAGGCGGCACCACAGUGAUCCGGUGUAAAACAUCUCGCAGCUACAUAGUUACGUGAAUAAUAUUGUAUGACUAUUCAUGAGACGCUGCAGCAUUGUGAUUUUAUUUUAUUUUAUUUUAUUUUUUACGUCUGCUACAGAAUUCUACUCCUACAGGGAUAUCUAUAAGCGUAUCUUUGGUUUAGGCCGUCUACAACGCAGUGUUUAUUAAAUUUCCACGAGGCCAUCACUUGAUGAUGAGAACCGAAAGCUACAAAGUUUCGUAUAAGUACGGAACAAAGCAAUUCAUUAACGAGUGCCUGGAUCGUUGUGGUAGGAGGGCACUUGGCGGUGACCUGUAAAAGUGUACUCGUGCCACCGCCCGCAUGCCACGCUCGCCAAUUACUAAAUGGAAGUGGAACGCUGCGUUGUUUGCAUAGAAAGUUUUUAAUGAGAUUCCAUCCUGGUAAAUUUCAAAGGUGAUUGAGCAUCGCAGCGCAAAAUUAUAAUGUUAUGAGAGACUGUUUCCCAGACGCACCGCACCGAAGCAGCUGCUAUUGCAGAGCAGCUCACUGCCGUCAUGAAGACGCCGUCUCGGGGGCAGCGUUUGAAAAAACCUUCGCAACAGCGCUGUCGCUGCCCAACGCAAACCCGUUAUGCGCCACAUAUUUCGCACCUAAACGUAGGCCGCUUCACACAAGGUCUCAAGAGUUGGACCCCGGGGGUUGCAUUUAUUACUGUCUUAUAGAAAACACCGUGCCUGUAUACGUAAUGCCUGUAAAACCAGACACCAACAACCAUCAGUGCGUUCCUCACACUAUUUGCUCACGAACUCUUUAUGGACAAACGCCCUCAGCCAGAUGAGGUUUUCACCGGCCAUGUGCUCAAGACAAUGUUAGUUACAGAAUGUAAAAAGCCACCAGCGACGUUUCACUCGCGGACAUUCUAUUUAUGAAUACCAUUCAUGUGCGUUACAUUAUUUUCAGUGUUAUCUGCCUUGUUGAGAACGUAAGUGACUGCGUGUUCAACAGAUUGGUAAUCGUGUAGAAGCUACGCGCCCAGCUAGCAGUGUGUCUCCGCCAUAUCAACAAGAAUUACCGCAGUAUGCUGUUUCCUAAUGACGUUGUUGUAAGUGCGAGUGAGGAGAUUCAAGUGGAAAACAGAAAUGAUUUGCUACGAAGGGAGGUGACAAACAUGACUUAAGACGAAUAUGCGUUUUGUUAAGCCAGUGCAGUAUUUUUUUUAAACGUAGGUUUAUGUUCUUUAUUUGUACGUGUAGGUUUUAGCCCUUGUUACUUGUGCUGGGGAAGGCAAACUAUUUUCGGCGACGUUUUCCGAAAUUUUGUUUUCCGUCGUUGGCGCGCGCGAAAAUUAUUACAUUUUAUCAUCGCCAUAGUGUUUUCUUUCCUGGUGUCAGGACUGCACGAUGAGGACGCCGUACACUGUGCGGAUGUACCCUUCCUGUCAAUACUAGAAGUUAUUCAUCGGAGUUAAAGGGAAACUCCGGUCAAAUCUCGAAUAUUUGGCGUAAUACACCGAGACUCAAAAUAAUGUUAGUAAAGUCGUAUUUUGGGGGCUGCGUGCGCAAACUGAUGGCCCUCUGAAAACGUAUCAGCGAGUAUAUGACGUCUGUAAUCAACAUUUGCUCAAUCACCACUCGAAUUACAACAAGCAGUAGAGUGCUCGCAUUUGUUUGUUUCCAACUCAACUCAAGUUAGCUGUGUCCCUUCAAUGUAAUGUAAUUUGUUUCUGUGUAUUUGUUUGUUUGUUUCAUUGUUACUGUGAAAAGACAGACUUAGACAUUUUAUUUAGCGAGACAUUAAAAGUGCCGCACUUUUAAAAUGUUACUUUAUGCGACUCCUACUACGUAUCUUGCAAAAGUACUUGGUGAAAAGACAGUUGUGUACGUAGUUCGUAGUUUUGUGAGGAUUUAUAGUAACAUUUUCACCAGAUUACCGCGGGUAAAUAGAUUAGAGCUGACGAAGGAUCCCGAAUGGCUUGGGACUAACAUCUUCAUCUUGUUUUUUUCUUUUACAAAUCAAAUCAAAGAUCCCAAACAUCGUUAUCAUCGUCGCAAUGAAGAUGAAGCUGGUGCUUGCAAUUAAUUAUUUAAAAUGCGCCAUAGUUCUUGCACUAUAUUUGACUGGAGUAGUCCUUAAAAUUAGCGUCGUUUCUCUCGUGUAUUCUCUUUGUCAGCCUCCUCAUUUCUCGUGCUAUCAAAACAGAGUCGGCGCACCUCAAAAUAGACCGACCGGAAGUCGCAUCCUCUAUUUCUAAGCAAUAUGUAUUUCAUAUAAUUUGAUGGCGUCCUAUCUAGUUUCGCCUGUAUUGGGCGUUGAGAAAAAAAAAUUUCCACCACGGAUAGAUUCAUAUGUGAAUAUUGCGCAAAAUAUUUCACGUGUGCAUAAACGGAUUGUUCAUCAUAUAGAACGUUACUACUAUGUGAAAUGCACCUUUGCUGAGACUGUGAUUUUAGACAUCUCCAUGACCAUUCAUGACUGUUCUAGUCGCUUUAUCAAAUGUUCGGGACUCUAUAUAGCUGUUCGUGUUGAUGUACAGUUUAAGUUUAGCACGAUGGGUUUAUAGUCGAGGUGUUAAAAGAUAAUACUGCAUCAUACGGUAUACUUCAACCAUCUAUAUAGUAUUGUGGUCUGACUCAUCCUUUCCAUAUCUCUUUCAUCCAACACAGGACGACAUUGCUAUCUUCGUUGUACAAUAGCACCAUUCGAAUACAAUGUACAUUAUGUCGGAUAUCUCCUUGUCACCAACGUCACGAAAGCUAGCUCUUCGGUUUCUUCCCGCAAAUCAGAACGUUGUGGUCCUAGCUUCAAAUUACUUCAAACACUGCUAACUUCCCACGCUGCUUUUAAUAUACCUGCUAUUACAGUAAUGUGGAACCAUCUCAAAACUGUUGCUAUAUGGAACUUAUACCAACAAAAACGAGCGUUAACCCACCUAAAGAUACAUCUGUAUCGAAUGCACGAGCUCUUUCGCCUAUGUUUCGUAAUGAAAGUACACUCUGAGCACCUGCGCGUUCAAACCCUUACAGCUCUCUAUGUGAACAAUGCGUUCGAAUACACGUAAAAACGAAGUACCCGUAUGAGUCCAGGAACGUAGCUGCACAUUAGACAAACAAUCACACUGUUCCGUUAAUUGGUGUUGUGCUAUCCACGGUGAUGUUCCAAUUCCAGAGUCCCCUAAUCGACUCGUACCUUCAUGGGAGGUAAUACCCGUGCAGCACGGACACGAGAAACGACACGAAGUGUUUAAUGCGUUACGUUUUAAUGUUAUAAUAGCGGUGUCAAACGGUGUCAAUUUUAAUGGCAUUUUAUAUAGUUAGUCCGCCACAACUGAUUUGCCUAUGAAAUGCCUUGUGUAUUGUACGCGCGGGGCUACACUUUUAGACCGCAUAAGACCACUUUCUGCGUAGUCAGAUAAAUAUGAGUUUGCACAAGUAUAUUUUGGCGAAUGGAAUCUCGAGUUGCCAGCAGUGUGCAUCGACAAGAGCGAAAUAACCUGCCCUGCGGCCAUAUUGCUUGUUUUGAAUUCGGCGCUAUACUUUGCAAAUAAGUUACUUGAACGCGUUAUUGAUCGCACGGAAAUCAACUUCAUAUUGUUCUGUUUAUAUUUCAGACUGUUACAUGCAUUUUGAACUUUCAACCUGUAUAACUGUGUAUAGCUUUUUUUUUAACAAUCUCACUCAUAUCUUACUUCGUGAGUGUGCCGCAUCGAGAUCAUGUCGUUUCGUAUCAUUAAAAAAAAUACAUGUGGCACGAGCUUCGUAAAUAAUGCCAUUAAACGAUAAUGUCAUUUUGCCUGCCCGUGGCGCGCGGGCAUUAGCGGCGUACAACAAAGUGAAUUUUCCUUUCAUUUCAUUUUAUUUUCUUUAGUAUGAAUCACAGCUAAGCCUAAAGCUUAAGAAGAAUGAGGGACGAAGCAAUACAGCUUCUACUAUUGCAGUCCAGGUUAGUUUUUCCACCUGGCCAUAUAUGUUAUGAGAAGAAACAUGACGCACAGUAUGAAAGUGUUACCACUUUAACGGCGAGCAGUUCUUGCAGGCACAUCAUAUGUAAAAAUACGACACAAUCCAUGGAACCAGUAUAUUUUAAUUUUCCGCGACAAAGCACAUUGUGGAGUACAUAACUUAUUUAUAACACUGCGGAGAACGCCAUCGCAUACGUAUGUAUAUAUGCAUAUUUAUUCGAAAACGUCUCUGCGGACUGUAGAUUCGCAAAUUUCAUUACGCGGCGCUUGCGUACGUAGAUUGUGUCACGCGCGCAAGCUUGUUUACUGAACCGGUUAUCCAGUGUGCUGUCAAACGCGUGUAUGAGAUUUAGCUGUAUUUGUACAUACUGUAUACACGUACACAUUGCCUUUGUUACAAAGUGAAUGAAGUCAUUAAAGUGUUAAUGGCCAACAGA